AUGGACGGUGUCGAUGACCUGGCAGGUCUGGUCGCCAACAUCGCAUCAAUCCAAUCGAUCGAACCAAACAGUGUCGUCCGCACCAACGCUCUCGUCACUCAAAACAACGUCCCAUCAUAUGGUCUCGCCCGGAUCUCUCAUCGCCAGAACGGAGCGACCAACUAUAUCUACGACGAUUCUGCUGGUCAAGGAACAUUUUCCUACAUCAUCGAUACCGGCAUCCGCCAAUCCCACACCGACUUCGGCGGCCGCGCCAUCCCCGGCGCCUCCUUCGUCGACACCGAACCCACCACAAUCGACAUGAACGGCCACGGAACGCACGUCGCCGGCACGACGGGCGGAACCUCCUACGGCGUCGCGAAAAAAACCACUUUAAUCGCCAUCAAAGUCCUCGACGCCUCGGGCUCGGGCUCCCUCGCAGGCGUCAUCGCAGGAAUCGACUUCGCCGUCAACGACAUGAAAACCAAAUCCCGUACGGGAAAAUCCGUCGCAAAUUUAUCUUUGGGCUCUUCAAUCCCAUCCCCCAUGACCAACGCCGCCGUCCGGGAAGCCGUCUCCCAAGGCCUUUUCUGUUCCGUCGCCGCAGGGAAUUCCGGUCUCCCCGCUAUAACAGCUUCCCCCGCGAGCGAACCUUCUGCAUGCACGAUCGGAGCCAGUGAUCGGAAUGAUGCGAGAGCGAGUUAUUCGAAUUUCGGGUUGCUGGUGGAUGUUUUUGCGCCCGGGACGAAUAUUACGAGUGCGUGGAUUGGGUCGGAUGGUGAUGUGAAGACGAUCAGUGGGACGAGUAUGGCUACGCCGCAUGUUACGGGUUUGGGGGCGUAUUUGCUGGCGCUUGAGGGGAGGAGGAGUCCCGAGGCGUUGUGUGAGAGGGUGAAGGAGUUGAGUACGAAGAAUGCGCUUUCGGGCGUAUUGCUGAGUGGGAAUCGGUUGGCGUAUAAUGGGAAUGGGGCUUAG